AUGGAGUAUGUUUACUUCCCAUUGGAAAAGGCACUCUUGGAGAAUUUCCAGUCUUAUCCAGACAGUGUUAAAGACUCUGUUGAUACUUUAGAGAUAAGUUUGAACAUUGAUGGCAUUCCUUUGUUCAAAAGUUCACAAAGUAGUUUAUGGCCAGUUCUCUGUGGUAUUAUGAACCUUACCCCAGUUAGAAUAUUCCCAAUUGCUUUAACGUAUGGCAAGUCAAAACCUAAGAAUUUAGAUUUUCUUCAUGACACUGUGAGAGAUCUGAAUAUGGUGUUAAAGCAAGGCUUAAGUUGCGGUUCAAAGGUUCUUAAAGUUUCUCUCAGGUGUGUUGUCUGUGAUGCACCUGCAAAAGCAUUUGUUAAAGUAGUCUAGGACCUGUAUAUGAGUUUGUAUGCAUUUCAUUUAGGACAGAUAACCUCAAAUGUUUUGGGCAAGUUGACCAUGACGGUCAGCAUGGUAACGCUGCCCGAACCCCAAUCCGGGGCGAAACGUCCGAAACUGACCACACCCAAAAACGACGCUUUCGCCAUACUGCUUAAGUUUUAAGGUUUUGAGUUGAAGGUUUUCAAAGGAAAACCUAUUUUUGAAUGAACUGUACAUAAAUUAUAUAUUUUCUGUAGGUCUUAAACAGUUUUUAUACCAUUUUCCCCAGCUAAUUCCAGUUUUUUUUCUAAUGGACCGUAUCACUAAUCAAGUUUUCAGUUCAUAAAAUCACAAUGUUACAGCUAGAUGUUGAUAUAUAGCCAGUAUAGCUAACCAAUCAGAAUGCAGUAUUGGCUAAACCCACUUCAUUUCAUAAUUAAUAGAAUUUUUUUUUUCGAAUGUUAUAGAACGUUGCCGGGAUUCUAUAAAAGGAUGAUAUUUGAUAGAUCAUUUGGUAGAUCAAGUAAUUUUUAAUGUUGUGCAUAUUCUUUCCUUAUAUACUAAUGUAUUUAUUAAUAGUUCUUAAAGUUUAUGUAAAUAGUUAAUGUGAAGUCAUUUAACAUUUUGUGUCAAUAAAUAUUUAGAAAAAUUUAUGUUUACUUUAUUUUAAUAUUCUUAACAACCGCGUUUAUUACACAACAAUCAUUUCCCGUUUUAAUUUCCUUUCUCGAAUUUGCCGACGUAGUCAGAAAAUUCGCGAAAGAAUAUUAAAGUACGCAAUGGUUCUGGUGCAAUUAGGCUGUGUUAA